GCGUUGGAUCUGUAUGGCGGAAUAGCGAAGGGCGGAAGAGGAGAAGCGGAAGAAUAAAAUAAUACAGUCGCCUUUCAAAAUUCAGUCUUCGCGGUUGACCAUGGCGUCUGCGGCCUGGGAGGAAGAAGACUGGGAGCUGUGCAACGACGACGGUUUCGUUUACAAGAGGAAGAAGAGAAGACAAGACACCACACCACCACCACUACUGGCUACGGAUCCGGAGGCGGAGCAGAGGCUACUCAAGGAGAGGAAGAAGAGGUCGCUCCUAAAGUUGAAAAAUCAGUACCAGAGAGAGAUCGAUCAGUGGGAACGUAUGACCCACACGCUCCAGGCGAUGGAGAAUAGGACCCAACCUCAACCUCAGACUCAACCAUCUUCUCCUCCUCCUCCAUCUUCGUCCAUGUUCUCUUCUCGCCAUUCGGACUCCGCUUUCCGCCAAUUGAUUGACGACCUACUCUUACAGGCGGAAGGGCAGGAAGCUAUUCUUCAGGAUCUUUCAAACCUUUGUGACCACGCAGAAAACCUAUGCAAUGCAGAAGAGGAACGCCUGAAGCAGCCCUUCAUCGACCUUCCCGUAUGGGAAACCCCUGGUGCCCUCAUGGAUUUUUUCUGUGACGAGUCUCAAGACUGAUUUUCCAUCUUUCAUCCUUUUUCCUCUCGCCUUUCUAACUACCUCAUGAACUGAACAAGAACUCACCCUACAAAGCAUCAUAUAAAAAACAGCUGUUUGUGAUCUGGGAUGGUGGGGUUAUGAAGGUUACCAAUUGAUGCGUUUGUGUGAACUGGGGGAAAUCAGGUUGCUGGGAUCUUCAGUGCCACUGGUAAUGCUCAAGAUGAUUUGUAUUGAUGUAAUUUUCGUGUUCAGAUUAUGGGGUUGUCUUGUGAAAGGGGUGGUAGGCUCUGGUUUUCUUGCUCUUUGUAUUUUGUAAAGGGUUUGGCUCUCCCUUUGUUGCUACCUUUGUAGUCUUCUUGAUGAAAUAUUUGAUGGAAAGCUUUAACUGGGUUAACACCAGUAAAUGAGUUCUGCA